AAGUAGCGUAGGGCGGGCGGGGCGAGGCUUCCGGACGCGCUGUUGCAUCAGCUCGGGAGCGAGGGCCGGCGGAGGCAGCAGCAGCAGCGGGAUGGCAGCAGCCGCCAGCGCCGAGCACGCUUCCAGCUACAGUUUUAUUCUGAGCAUUAGUGAAGAGGAAGCCAGGGUGGAGGCUCUGAACGAGUACCUGAGCACUCGUAGUUAUAUCCAGGGGUUCACAUUUUCACAUGCAGAUGUGGAGGUGUUCAGAAAGUUUUCGGGGCCACCUGUGGACCAGUAUAUCCAUGUUGUCCGGUGGUACAGACACAUAGAAGCAAUCUAUGAUGGCAGCAGUGAAAAAAAUGAGCCUUGUAUACUUCAAACAAGUAAAGGCAAACGUGUGCAGCCCCCCUGGUCUCCCCCUGAAGGGACAAAACAUUCCAGGCUCUGCCUCUACAACAGCCUGACUCGCAGUAAGGAAGUAUUUCAGCCUCAGAAUGGAAAAAAGGUCUUGUGGUAUUGCUGUGGUCCAACAGUUUAUGAUGCUUCUCACAUGGGACAUGCCAGGUCUUACAUCUCAUUUGAUAUCCUGAGAAGAAUCUUGAGGGAUUAUUUUAAAUAUGAUGUUUUCUAUUGUAUGAAUAUUACAGAUAUUGAUGACAAGAUCAUCAAGAGAGCAAGACAAAAUCACCUUUUUGAACGAUAUAGAGAGAGCAAAUCAACACCAGAUCAGCUACUCGAAGAUAUUAGAACUGCCUCAGAGCUCUUUUCAGUUAAACUAAAUGAAACAACAGACCCAGAUAAGAAGCAAAUGUUGGAAAGAAUUCAAAAUGCAGUGAAGUCUGCUUUUGACCCUCUACAAGAAGCUCUCCAAGCAACGCUCCCUGCUGAAGAGAUCAACAGAUGUCAUGAGACACUGUUGGAAGAAGCCAAAGAUUUGCUGUCUGACUGGUUGGACACAAAAUUUGGCAGUCAGGUGACUGACAAUUCCAUAUUCUCAAAGCUCCCCAAAUUCUGGGAAGCGGAAUUUCAUAAAGAUAUGGAAGCACUCAACGUUUUACCUCCAGAUGUUUUAACGCGGGUUAGUGAAUAUGUGCCAGAAAUUGUGGAUUUUGUGAAGAAGAUUGUGGAUAAUGGUUAUGGGUAUGUGUCCAAUGGAUCUGUAUACUUUGAUACUAUGAAAUUUGAUGCCAGUGAAAAACACUCCUAUGCUAAGUUGGUGCCUGAAGCUGUAGGUGAUCAGAAAGCUCUUCAAGAAGGUGAAGGUGACCUGAGCAUCUCAGCUGAUCGUUUAAGUGAGAAGCAUUCUCCAAAUGAUUUUGCUUUAUGGAAGUCCUCCAAGCCAGGAGAGCCCUCAUGGGACUCUCCAUGGGGAAAGGGUCGUCCAGGUUGGCACAUUGAAUGUUCUGCCAUGGGUGGAUCCGUUCUAGGAGAGUCGAUGGACAUUCAUGGAGGAGGCUUUGAUCUUCGAUUUCCUCACCAUGACAAUGAACUGGCCCAGUCUGAGGCAUAUUUUGAAAAUGAUCACUGGGUUCGGUAUUUUCUGCAUACUGGUCACUUAACAAUUGCUGGCUGUAAAAUGUCCAAAUCUUUGAAGAAUUUCAUUACCAUAAAAGAUGCACUGAAGAAACACACAGCACGACAGUUACGGCUGGCUUUCCUCAUGCACUCUUGGAAGGAUACACUGGAUUAUUCAAAUAAUACCAUGGAGUCAGCUAUUCAAUAUGAGAAGUUUAUGAAUGAGUUCUUUUUGAAUGUGAAGGAUAUUCUUCGAGCUCCCACUGAUGUGACAGGCCAGUUUCAGAAAUGGGAAAAUCAAGAAGUAGAGCUGAACAAAAAUUUUUAUGAGAAGAAAGCAGCAAUUCAUGAAGCACUAUGUGACAAUAUUGACACCCGCUCUGCCUUAGAGGAAAUGCGGUCUUUAGUCAGCCAGAGUAACUCCUAUAUUGCUGCAAAGAAAUCUUCCAGACAGAUGCCAAACAGACUUCUUUUGGAAAACAUCAGCUCCUAUCUCACUCAAAUGCUAAAGAUUUUUGGUGCCAUAGAAAGUGAUGAUGCAAUUGGUUUUCCUGUUGGAGGGACUAGUCAAAACACAAAUAUUGAAUCUACAGUGAUGCCAUACCUCCAAGUUCUUUCUGAGUUCAGAGAAGGAGUGCGACAAAUCGCCAGAGAAAAGAAAGUAACUGAAGUGCUGCAGUUGAGUGAUGCUCUUCGGGAUGACAUCCUGCCUGAACUUGGAGUUCGAUUUGAAGAUCAUGAAGGACUUCCAACUGUGGUUAAAUUAGUGGAUAAGGACACAUUGUUGAAAGAAAGAGAAGAAAAGAAAAAGAUAGAAGAAGAGAAAAAAAGGAAGAAAGAAGAAGCAGCCAGGAAAAAACAACAGCAGGAAGCAGCAAAACUGGAAAAAAUGAAGAUUCCACCACAUGAAAUGUUUAAAUUGGAACUUGACAAAUAUUCCAUGUUUGAUGAAAAUGGAUUUCCCACCCAUGAUACAGAAGGCAAGGAACUUAGCAAAGGACAAAUUAAGAAGCUAAAGAAACUUUAUGAAACCCAAGAAAAGCUACACAAGGAGUAUCUACAAAUGGUUCAGAAUGGAAGUGCAAAUUGAAAACAACAGGACUUUUUAUUUAGAAGGCGAGUGCUGGGUUCCCAUUGAAGAAGUGAGCAUACACUGAUGCUCAAAUUUCUGUUUACACUUUCUAUUAUGUGCAAAGUAAAAUUCCUGUUUACGUGGGUUAAUAAUGUCAUCUGGAAAUGUAAUAAAAAUCCAUCAUUAAAAAAAAAAGCCAACAUGUAAGAUGUUUCUUCUCAAUGAUAGCAAAUAUGGUUGCCAGUUCUGUUUGUGGAGGUGCUGCUCAGUCAGCAAAUCCACAUAAGGAUUCUUGUUCAUUCUAGCUGUUCAGGCUUUGGUUGAUUUGUCCUGCAUACCGAUCUCUAUCUAACACUCAAUGUUACAGUCAGAAAAAUUUAUUGCUAAAUGGGAGCUGAGUAAUUUGCCCUAAAGAAAGAACAACAUUUUCCAGAUGACUUUAGUAUCUUUACAUAAGCAGGAAAAGUGGGUAGUUCCACUAUGAUACUUAUUCUAGCUGCUGUUAUUAAAAACUCUCAUAAGUAUACCCAGAACACUUUGCAUAGUAGAAGUUAACAGUCCCUUUGUUGAAAAAGGGAACAGAUCAUCAACCUGCAAUUGCAAUCAAGUGGGUAAGUACAAGGCAAAUGCACCUGCAUUGAACAAACAGGUGGGAAAGUCAUGAAGGGCUGAUGGCAGAGGUGGUGUGUCCUUGGAGCUCCCCCUUUAAGGAAACAGGAGCCCUGCCAAAGUACCUGAUUACCCAAAGUACUCAGUACCUAACUACCAGUUCAGAGCCAUGGGGAAUUAACAGAGGGUUUCCUACUGUUAUACAGUUUGUGGAUUGAUUUGCAGUUAGGGAAUACAGCUAGACAUUGCCCUGUAUUCAAGACUGAUGUUUUUAACAUGAUGAUUUAACCAUGAGAUAAGAACCUUUCUGAUGCAGUAUGGUCACGUUAUAUCUGCAGGGAGAGUUCUUUGUGGCCUAACAAUGCAUUUCACUGGCAGAAGUUCCAAAAUGCACUAAAGUUCAUGAAAUCCUACAAUAUAUCUCACCUACUUCGCAGCUGCACAGAACAGCCAAGUGUCUGAUCUGCAGAACUAUAUUCAUUCAGUAUUCUCAAGGUGACUUGCAGAAACUCAUACUGUGACACCUCUGUUUUCUCAACUCCUAGGUUCAUGCUACAAUGAUCAGGUCAUGUUCCUUUCUUUAAUUAAGACUUUAAACAUCUUUGUUUUUCCUUGAUUAUUUUUAUAUUUACAUUCCUCCUUAUGAGGAACGAACACAAUAUUUGGAGUAACAGAAGGGUCUAGUAGGGUUUUUUUCUAAUUUGUCUGUAUUUGCCUUUGAAAACAUACAUCAUGUUAAGGUCAGUAAAGCAGAUGCAUCUUGUGUGCAGAAAAUAAAAUCUGUUGUGAAAUACUUGUAUGUGAACUUUGUGUAGUGGGGAGAAUAUUGAGCUUAUCUUUAUUCCACAAGCAUCUUUUUGAAAUGUGGUUUACAGAGCUUUUCCUUUAGCUUCCUAUUACUAAUUUAAUUAAUUUUCCAUUCAAUAUUUGAUUAUUCUGCUAAUUUCUAAUCAAUUUUAUAAAUGCAUGUUUAAACUGCACAAUGACACUUUAAGCAGCCAGCCAUGGCCAUUCAGGCAACUUAACCAUCCUUUGGUAUGGGAAGAGGAAAGGUUCCAUUUUUGUGCGGUUUAGAUCCCAACUCCCUUUGGCAUUAUCAGCUAUUACCAAGAUUUUCUUCCCAGAGUGCUCCCUGAAGAUGCAUGUGAAAGGAUGGGGCAUGCCUAUGCUGCUUCUGAAGUUGCAACUUAAUGUCAAAUAGUGCCAGGAAUUUGAAUACAGGAAUUGUUUUUGGUGAUCUGAGUUAGCACUUACUUAAAGUGAGUUAGUAUUUAACUGUAGAGAAAAUGCUGUUGAUCUGUGGCUGUCCUGGACUGUAGUUUAUGAUGUCUCCAAGAUAAAAUCCUGGCUUUUGCCUCCACAUUUUGUUUUUCUCUUCCUGUUAUGUUUUUAGUAGAUCCUAAUCCAAUUGCAUUAUUAUAUCAAUGUAAAAUAAUAGGGUUUUUUAAAAUGCA